GCGCUGAAUAUAUAGCGUGGUUCCAGACAGAGGAACACAAAGCGAAUCCACAGAGCGAUAGCACCGGAACAAACAGAGCACAAUACCGCCAGCAAAGCAAAGCGAAGCGACGCAGCUGCACUGCAAUAUACUUCAUAACGACACACAGCGCCACAUCAGUUUGUGAAAAUGAGCUUCAACAAAUGCUUACCUUCAGACCUGACAAAAAAAAUCUUCAGUGUCUUCUUGGACUUUGAUGCAGACUGCCCCCCGGUGGACAAGAGAAUGCAAGUUGAGCGUCCGCGGAAUCCCCGUGGCCUGUGCGACAGCGGUCUCCAGUUGCGGGUGUCCGGGUAUGUGCGCAAGGUGCGACAGGCAGUCACGCUGGUCCUGAUCGUGCAGAAGAUGAAGAGACCGAAGGAGUCCUUGAUGGAGCACGUGAUGGCAGAUCAGGCCGUCGUGGAGGUGCCUCUGGACUCGGACAGCUCUCGGGACUGGGACAGUCCUUGGUACUUGGACAUAUUUUGGAACUCGGACAACUCUCAGAACUGGGACAACUCUUGGUACUUGGACAUCCUCUGGUACUCAGACAGGUCUUGGUACGUGGACCUCUCUUGGUACCCGGACAGCUCUCAGUCCCCGGACAGCUCUCAGUCCCCGGACAGCUCUCGCGUCACGGGCGAGGUGAGCCGGAGCCUCACUGGCGUGUACUCGAUUUGCGAUGUGUCUUACAACAAGUGGGUGCUGGAGGAAAUGAUCAGCCCGAGGCUGAAAGCCAUGGCGCUGCAGAAUUUGAACAUACGAAAUCAAGUGACUCUGAGCCUCUCCACCUACAUACCGCAGAGGCAACCCGGAUUGGGGCAGCUCGUGGCUCUGCGCAUCAUGGGCACUAAUUACUUCCUGUCCUGCAGCGGCCCGUCCUACUCGCCUGUCCUGAACCUGGAGACAGUAGUGGAUCCGGAUAACAGUUUGAAUACGAUCAGCCUGAGCAGCGACGCGGCCCGGUUCCUGUUUUACAAGAAAGACAGCGGCAACACCUCCACUUUGCGGUCGGCUCGGUUCUGCUUUUGGUUUAUCAGCAACGAGAGGGACAGUUCGAAUGUGGCCAUGUGUAACGGGGCAGAUACCCCAGGACGCAUCACCGAGUUCCACAUCUCACGCAUAAUGAACCCUGUGAAUAUACCGAGUGCCGGACAACGGCAGGAAUCAAUCCUCUCUCAACGCCUUCGGUUCCGCCACCUCCGCCGGAAGACUCCACUGUUUAGAUUGUGCUUCUAGAUCAACGGAUCUGCCCCUCCUGCUCUGCACUGGACUCUCCUGACCUCAGCACCACGUCACUGGAUCCUCAGCUGAUGCACUAUCCUUGCACUAUCGCACUGCUAACAUGUCACUGCAGAUAUAACUUGCUGUGAUCCUAACUGGCUGCAUCCUAGUUCAUAUUGUAUUCUAGUAGUAUUAUUAUUAUUUGCACUGACUGUAAACUACACUGUGUUUAAAUAUGAAGCUUGCAUUGUAACCCUGUUCUGCCCUGGAACACCUGUGAGUCGCCUUGGAUAAAGGCGU